UGAUCUGCCAUGCCCGGUUCUUAAAGGCGCUUUUGGGGAAACAGAUGGCAACAAUACGGAGGCACAUAGGCUACUUGAAAACAACGUAUAGUCUUCCUAGACCACGUCUUUUGUACGGAAAUCGUACAGGUUUAAGACUAGCAGUACCAUCCAGUAGCCACCAACUCGUCGCCUCGGGUGUGUUCUGUGUCCGCCAGACUUUUCCAUCUCAGUCAUUAACACAAACACUACGUCUGCGACUACAAGCACACUCGCAUACAAAAGCAGACACCCAGGGUAAGAGAGCGGAAAUGAAGUACGUAUUGGUGACCGGAGGAGUGGUGAGUGGGCUGGGCAAAGGUGUCACUGCCAGCAGCGUAGGCGUCGUCCUCAAAGCCUGUGGCCUUCGCGUCACCUCCAUCAAAAUUGAUCCAUACUUGAACACUGAUGCUGGUACCAUGUCUCCCUUUGAACAUGGGGAGGUUUUUGUUCUUGACGAUGGUGGAGAGGUUGAUUUGGACCUGGGUAACUAUGAGCGAUUCCUAGAUUUGACACUUACAAGAGACAACAACAUUACCACGGGAAAGAUAUACCAGUCUGUCCUUGAGAAGGAAAGGAGAGGUGAUUAUCUUGGGAAGACUGUCCAGGUGGUCCCACACAUCACAGAUGCCAUUAAGAAUUGGAUUGAAGCGGUUGCUGUCAUUCCUGUUGAUGGAAAAGAAGGUCCAGCAGAUGUUUGUGUGAUAGAAUUGGGAGGGACAGUAGGUGACAUCGAAUCAAUGCCAUUCAUUGAGGCUCUGCGACAACUGUCCUUUUCAGUUGGUCAAGAUAACUUCUGCCUCAUUCAUGUGAGCCUGAUACCGGUACUGGGCGUUGUUGGAGAGCAAAAAACGAAACCUACACAACAUAGUGUUCGUGAACUGAGAGCGCUAGGCUUGACUCCUCAUCUGUUAGCAUGUCGCUCUGCUCAGCCUCUGUUGGGAAGUACCAAGGAGAAACUUUCGCAGUUUUGCCAUGUUCCAGCUGGUAAUAUUCUCAAUAUCCAUGAUGUUCCAAACAUUUGGCACGUUCCUCUUUUACUUAGGAACCAAAAUGCUCAUCUCUCAAUUCUAAAGCAGCUAAACUUAGACCUGGCUAUACCUCCUGCUUUAGAAGACUGGACCAGGAUGGCCGAGACAUUUGACAAUCUUACUAAAUCUGUGAGGAUUGCAUUGGUUGGAAAGUACGUUGGCCUAUCAGAUUCAUAUCUGUCUGUUGUGAAGGCCCUUCUUCAUGCCUGCAUUGCAUGUUCUUUGAAGCCAUCAAUUGAUUGGAUUGCAGCUUCUGACCUUGAAGAGGAUAGUGCUAAAUUGACACCAGAGGCACAUACUGCUGCAUGGGAAACUUUGAGGAAUGCAGCAUGUGUCUUGGUUCCUGGUGGAUUUGGAGAUCGUGGUGUGAGAGGUAUGAUAUUGGCUGCAAAGUAUGCUAGGGAGAAUAAUGUUCCAUAUCUUGGGAUUUGCCUGGGCAUGCAGAUUUCUGUCAUUGAGUUUGCUAGAUCUGUUUUGAAUUUGGAAAGCGCAAACAGCACAGAGUUUGAUGGUCAGACACCAAAUCCUGUUGUAAUUUUCAUGCCUGAGGGCUCAAGAACUCAUAUGGGAAGCACGAUGAGACUGGGAUCCCGAAGAACGCUAUUCCAGAUGCCUGAUUGUAUUACUUCAAAACUGUACCACAAUUCGGAGUAUGUGGAUGAGCGGCAUCGGCACAGAUAUGAGGUGAAUCCUGAAGUUAUUGGAAAUUUAGAAGAAGCUGGCCUCAAAUUUGUUGGGAAAGAUGAUAGUGGAAAGCGGAUGGAGAUUUUAGAGCUUCCAGAUCAUCCCUUCUAUGUAGGAGUGCAAUUUCAUCCAGAAUUCAAAUCACGGCCCGGGAGGCCCUCAGCUCUAUUUUUAGGUCUCAUAUUGGCAGCAACAGGACAGUUGGAAGCAUAUCUUGCCAGAUAUCAAAAUGGAAGCUGAUAUGCAGCUUGCCCCAAUCUUCAUAUCUCCCAAAUCAUUCUUUCAAGAUGAAUGAGCGUGAAGGUUUCCAGAGGUGUACCCCUAGUGAGAUGGUUUCCUCUACAUUUUGAGGUUCGAUUCUCAGUUCAAAGCUAAUGUCAAGUUUUGAUUGAGGAAGACGAAGUUAUGUUUUUGGUUCCCUCCUUGGAUUUAUAGACGUUCUUGGUCCAAUCUUUGGGACAUACACGCACACAACAAAAAUGUGAAACUCUUUUGCUGUACCAUGGCAGUGAUAAUUCCUGUUGCCAUUUUUGAGCUUUUACCAAUUCUGAACAUAAUUAUCGUAUAAUUUCUUGUUCUAGACUAUAUUAUACCUGGUUUUGGUUA